GAGCUGCCUCCGCUCUCUCCAAGCCCUAUUCCUUUAAGAUGAUGUAAUAGUCAUUUCCCUGGAUGGUUUCUUGCCUGCACUGCUCACACAACAGCAUCCGAACUGCUCCUGGCACCGUGGGACCUUCCUGCUCCGGAGCCCGAGCCCGCAGGCAUCUCCCAGCCGACCCGGCUCCUUCUUGCUCCUACCUGACAGGGAUAUGGGUGUCCCUUUGCCCUUGCCGGCAGGUGGGGUGACUGCUGAGACCCUAGCCGGGCGCCUCUGUCUGUCUUACUGCCUCUGGGCUCUUUGAACGCCUUUAAGUCCAGGUACCUCUUGUAACUCUCCCAGGUGCAAAGGAUCUGUUUCUAAAGGUUUGGAUCUUGGUUUUCCUUUCUUUUUUUCCCCUGCCGAAGCUUUGGUUGAAUAUUUUUUUCUUUGCUUCACUUCUUCGACUCAGCCUUCUCACGGCUCAACUUUUUUUUCCCCGAUCCCUUUUAACUAGAGAUUUGGGAGUGAAUACGUACACACAUACAUAUAUACAAACGCACAUCUACGAGCGCGUAAGUGCGGAAUCGUUUAUUUCCCGAGAGCACAUCUCUCUGGCACUUUUCAUUGAUACCUCUGUCCUCUACCUGUUUGGGAUUUGACGAGAGAUCCAGACCCAGUGUGGCUGUGGUUUCCGAUUGCUCUGGAAAAGGUUAUUUCUUCGCAAGAACUGAGUCUCCAGCACUCGCUAAGACAGACCAAGUACCUGGGCACUUGGCCUUCUUGCCUCCCCAUCCUAAUGGAAGAGCGAAUGUAGCCAAGCUGACCACUACCUUCUGUGAAGCUCACUACCAGACACCUUUAAACUUUCUGUCCUGCAUUGCUUCACCUGUGGACUCUCCUAAAAUUUGCCUUGUUGAGGGGAAUAAAGAGCAAAACCGGGGCUAGAGGAGGUCAUUUUGAGCAAGUUAGCACCUUUUCCCUCUCUUACAACUGGAUGCAAAGCCUAAGGCUGUAACUGGCUUGGAUUGCACCUUUCAGUCCGGGAAGCUGCAGAAGAAAGGGACAAUGGCUCUGAGUGGGAACUGUAAUCGUUACUAUCCUCGGGAUCAAGGGGCUGUGGUCCCCAACUCCUUCCCCGAAGUCAUAGAGCUGAACGUUGGGGGCCAGGUUUACUUCACCCGCCAUUCCACAUUAAUAAGCAUCCCCCAUUCCCUCUUGUGGAAAAUGUUUUCCCCAAAGAGAGACAACGUUAACGAUCUAGCCAAGGAUUCCAAGGGAAGGUUUUUCAUCGACAGAGAUGGCUUCCUGUUCCGUUAUAUUCUGGACUAUCUCAGGGACAGGCAGGUGGUCCUGCCUGACCACUUUCCAGAAAGGGGAAGGUUGAAAAGAGAGGCCGAGUAUUUCCAGCUACCAGAUCUGGUCAAGCUCCUGGCCCCUGAGGAAGUCAAGCAAAGCCCAGAUGACUUCUGCCACAGCGAUUUUGAGGAUGGCUCCCAAGGAAGCGACACAAGAAUCUGCCCCCCCUCUGCACUGCUCCCUCAUGACCGCAAGUGGGGUUUUAUUACUGUGGGUUACAGGGGAUCCUGUACCUUGGGCAGAGAGGGGCAAGCAGAUGCCAAGUUUCGAAGAGUUCCCCGGAUUUUAGUUUGCGGAAGGAUUUCAUUGGCAAAGGAAGUCUUUGGAGAAACUCUGAAUGAAAGCAGAGACCCAGACAGAGCCCCGGAAAGAUACACCUCCAGAUUUUAUCUCAAGUUCAAACAUCUGGAAAGAGCUUUUGAUAUGUUGUCAGAGUGUGGAUUCCACAUGGUGGCCUGUAACUCCUCGGUGACAGCGUCUUUUGUCAACCAGUAUACAGAGGACAAGAUCUGGUCGAGCUAUACCGAAUACGUCUUCUAUCGUGAGCCUUCCAGGUGGUCCUCCUCUCAUUGUGAUUGCUGCUGCAAGAACGGCAAGGGAGACAAAGGGGAGAGCGGCACCUCCUGCAAUGACCUCUCCACUUCCAGCUGUGACAGCCAGUCAGAGGCCAGCUCUCCCCAGGAGACAGUGAUCUGCGGUCCUGUAUCGCGCCAGAGCAACAUCCAGACCCUGGACAGGCCCAUUAAGAAGGGCCCCGUGCAGCUGAUCCAGCAGUCAGAGAUGAGGCGGAAAAGUGACCUGCUCAGGACUCUGACGUCAGGCUCCAGGGAGUCGAACAUAAGCAGCAAAAAGAAAGCUGCGAAGGAAAAGCUCUCCAUGGAAGAAGAGCUGGAGAAGUGCAUCCAGGAUUUCCUGAAGAUAAAGAUUCCAGAUCGCUUCCCUGAGAGAAAACAUCCUUGGCAGUCUGAACUUUUACGGAAGUAUCAUCUAUAGGGGAGGGCUGGGGGUAGUCGCCACUCUGAAAAAAACCUCCCCAAAGGAGCACAUAUGUUAAAGGAAAAGUACCAACUAACGAUCCACAUUUGUUAGAACACAAUAGUCUGUUGAUGUACUACUGCCUACUUUAACUAGCUCACCUUAAUGUGUAAAUCCACAGGGUAGAUUCCUUUUCAGACGUGGAACCAGAAGCGAGCUCCUGUGUUGUCCUUUGUCUUUUAACUUGAUCCAAUGUGCUGGGAAUCUUCCCUACAGUGAAAGCUGUAGCUGAGUAGCUCACAGGCUUUGGGGCUCAUGUAUCCCAACCCGGAUUUUUUAUGUUUGUUUUCCUCUCAUAUUCUGCCUCCUUCCUUUGGCCAAGGAUGGGGAAAGAGUCAAGAUUUUUAUUAUUUUUUUUCUUCUCUUUUGUUUAUGGGGUGAAGGGAGAAUGGUGGAUUUGUGUGAUUUUUCACUUAGAUCUCCACGUGCCAGUUUCUAUUGACUCCGUAUGCAUGAGCACUUGUGCCCCACAAGCACAAUCUAUGUCUGUAUAUCUGUAUAUACGCACAAUGGAUGCACACGACCCAGGGUCUGGACAGCCAAGGACUGCCCCCACAAGAGCAUUCAGACAAAGGAACCUCUGCCUCUUCAUUAAAAUGCUCCUGGGUAGAUUUCCCAGCCUCCCUUCGCAAUGCUUUCUAACGCUAAAUAGCCCCCCCCCCAUCAUCAAUAAGUCCUCUUUCUUAUUUUGAAAUACAUACCCACAGUCUCCUUUGCACUGCUGUGCUCUUUCCCUACGUUAGGAGACAGUGGGAUGAGCUAGUGGAACACUGUGUGUGUUUAACCAACAAGCAGAUAUUCGCAUCCACAAACAUAGCUUUGAGAUGUCCUGCACUCAGCCUUCUCCAUUCUUAUUUGACGAUCCCCAUUCUCCAGCUGACUCGGAGUUCUAACUUGCCCACAUAUUAUUGAUGAGGCCUUUUGUUCAGGCAAGUUCUUUGCAUCCCUAUGAGUUGUGAAGCUAGGAACAACACCCAAUAAUUGAAGAUGCAUCCAGCCUUCAGUUUGAUUGCUUUAGAGGAUCUGUACCACUACAUGCUUCUUAAUUUCUCAUACGAACUUUAAACUACCCCUGUACAUUAUUGCUUGCUUGUAGACAGGCUUGGUUGCCUUUGGGAUCCUGGGGUUUGGCUGUGGCCACACUAUGGUUUAGUUGUAUUAUUUCUGUAAUGUCUGUAAGGACCCACAUGGGUGGCUGGAACACAAAAGUUAUGAAUUUGACUUUUUAAGUUUUUUUAAAAAAAUAUAUUCCUGACCUGUAUAGAUACAGUCCAAAAGAAAUUGUUAACAAUGUCUACCCACAUGCCUCUUGUCUUCUAUUAAUCUUCCAAUAGUUCUUUUGUUCACUUGUGCUAAAUGAAUGUCCAAAGACAACUUUUAAUUUUCAGCAUUUAUCACACAUUUCAGUGGUAACUGAAAAAUCAUUUGUCACUAUAAUGUGCCAAGCAUUCCUAAUUUUUUGGUGUGUGUGUGUGUGUCUGUGUGUGCGCGCACACGUGUGUGCGUGCUCACAUGUGUGUAGUUAGCACAAGUAAUAGAGACAACCAGAUAGUGUCUAUGGGAGAAAAAAAAUCUAAUGACCAGUUUCUUUGUUUUAAGAAAACUUUUUAAAAGGUACAUCUAUUAUUUAAACAUUUCCUCAUUGAUUUAUUGAUGUCUGUUAGUAUAUGGUUGUCUUUCUGAAUUUUUUGUAAUUCUUGACUACACAGGUGGGUAAUAGGAUAAGGCAAUGUUUUCUUGUCCUAAUGCUUCAGAUAAAGUUUAAAAUUUUAUUUAAGUGAAAAAGAAAGUUUUCUUGGGAUGCUGAAUUGCCAGGAAAAUUAUCAUUUCUGAAAGUAUUCUUUUGUGUAUUAGUAUUUUAGCCGAUAGUUGAUAGAUAGCUUUGUGUGUGAAUCCUACUAAUGCAUCUUCAUUAGACAAUGUCUCCUGAUGGCAAAUCAAAGAUGCCAUCAUAGUGACUGUGGAAGAUGCUGAGAAGCAUUAUGGGUUUUAAUGGGUCAGAAGAAUCUGAAUGUGAAUUGUGGACCAGAUGAUCAUUGACUCACUGAAAGGGCUGUCAGAGAAUCUGAGGUUUGAAUAAACUGGCCAAAGUCCGUUUCCUUAAAUUUCAGCACUUAGUCGUAAUGGUGUCAAGAAAGAGAGGCACUCAAGAACUGGGCUGGCCAUCAACCCACAAAUACUGCUAUAGUCUUCACAGAAGAAAUGAAACACCUUACCCACAGUUUUAGAGCAACUGCAGGCUAUGCUAUUAAGGCAGAUUUUUCUUCACGGGUACUGUUUGUGCCCACAGUGAACAAGCUUAGUAGUAGAGAUCUGUUGAAAAACAACAUAUCACUUUCAUUUGGGGCUCCCUGUAAUGUGACACCUGCCCCAUGGCAAAAUGUUUAAACAGAUAAGACAAAAAAGCCUGACAUACACUUGUGAGGGUAUGGACAUGUUCAGAAAUCUAGCCCAGGUCAGUAGAAGACUUUGAGGAGGCGCCAAGAACAUAAAGUCUUAGGUUCCCUUUGGCGAGGAGAUAUUCAGUGUGCUCUUUGCAGUCUUCAGCACACUGGAAAGGAUCUCUGGCUAAGUGAGCCCUGAGAUUAAGCAGUCUGCUAUCCCCGGCUUCAGAGCCCUAAGUACAGUUAUGGACAGAGCAAUAUAUGAUAGUUCAGUUCUUGAAUGUGGAUUUUGACAGGAGCUGUCCAUUGUUGCUAUGAAGAAAUGACUGGAUGGUAAAAUGAAUGAGACUUGACAUGUAUAGAGACUUAGUUGGGCUCCUUUCUCUGAAAUCCUAUUAGGUUAAAUCCAGUAAAUUUGGGGAGAUCAUUCCCAAAUGAUAUGAGUCUCCUGAAGUUAGGGACAUAUUUAUAAAGUCCUCCUACCUACUAUUAAGAAGGGAACAAAAAUACAAAUAGCAGAGGGAAAGGAAAACACAAAUGUUAACAUAUUAUAGUGACCUCUUUUUUGUUGUUGUUGUUUGUUUGUUUUGAGACAGUGCUUCUCUGUAGUUUUUGGAGCCUAUCCUGGAACUCACUCUGUAGACUAGGCUGGCCUCAAACUCACAGAGAUCCACCUGCCUCUGCCUCCUGAGUGCUGGGAUUAAAGGCAUAGAUCACUACUGCCUGCUCAGAAAAAAAAAAUGCAGUGAUGUAUAGUUAUGAGUGAUCUUGUGAAGUGGCUUCCAAACUAUGCUGUGUUGUAUCCCUUUGUACAUAAGCACAGCUACCCUGCUGGAAAAGCGUGCAUGCUGAGCUUCUAGAAGGGAGGAGGAGUGCAAUAACAAACAUGUCUCCAUAGUGAAAUGCCUAUUCCAGCUGAUUUAUUUUGGAGCAAUGCUUGAUUAAAAGAGGGACCACAUGGAACUUUCCAUGCAUCCGUUGUCCUUGUUUGAUUCAGAAGCAUCCUUUCCCACAGAUGGCAGGUGUCUGUUUAUUAUUCAUUCGCUUAGCCACCCCUGCUUAUGAUUUGGGUCUGUGUUUGCUUCUCCAGACUCUCCAACCCUUUGAAUAUCCUUUUCCCCCUAAGCAUAACAUUCUCCUAGGAGGGAAAGAAAUGGCAGAUACAGCAUUUUGAAAAAUUGCUCCAGUACAGUUCCUACAAAGGAAGUCAAAUUUUGACUCUUAACUUUUUUUUCUUUUUUGGCCGUCAAUCUUCUAAUUUGGUGUAGAGUAGACUAACCCAGAAGAACCGAGUCUUGGUGUUUCUACCACUGGAUACACUGUCACACAGUUUGAGUAAUGUUGGCCUUAUGUUUGGUGUUUUCUAGAGUUAAUAAGACAUUUUCUGUGAACUUAUAGGAUGAAUUCUUUGUCAUCUCUACUUGACAUAACAAUUUUCUAAGGAAAAAUGAAGGGAAUUAUUUUUCCCCUGGUAACUCUGUGGCAGAUAAAUGUUUUUGCCAAUUUGCAUGCUGAGUUAUAGGUUUUAGCAUGGGCCAUUUCUCUCUUUAAUGUCUUGGUACUGUUGGCAUCUUACGGUCUUGAUGGCCCACUGUUCCAAUUUAUUUAUUUUCUUUUAGAGUGUCAAAAGAACACACUAGAGAAAAAAAAUCAGCAUGAACAGUGUGUAUUUGGGAUUAAAAUGGAGUUAGGUGUCAAUGGUAAGGGACUAUAUAAUGAUGGAUAUCUGCGAAGAAAUUAGAAGAAAUGGAACAUGAUGGAUUGAGUUUGAUUUAUAUUGCCUUCAUCAUUCUAGCUCGAGAAAAGAUGAUUACUGUACCCUAUCCUUGUGGAAAGAAGAGUCUUCAACUUUAAUAACCAUAGCUUUGUGAUGUAUUUGCUUUGAAAUUUCUGUUCUUCUUAUUUUGCUAAGGACAUUGGACAGGGGAUUUUCCCCAAGUGACCACUGUUGCAAUUUUUUUCUUUUUCUUUUUCUUUUCUUUUUUGUAGCUCAGUAAUCAUCACACAUUAAAACCCAUUAUGACACUUUCUGAAGAGGAGAUCCCCUUAUGUGGACUUCAGAGUCAGCCUCAUAAAACUUGAAGCAGGGCCAGGGAAGCUGAAUUUUGAGCUAGUAUGUUUAAUAAUUUUGAUGGUCCAAGGGCCCCACUUGAAGAAAUUGCGAUUGAGGAACUAAGGCAAAGUCAACAUGUAAUUCAAAGCACAUGCCAUUCACUGUCACAGAAAAUAAAAAGCAUGUUUUAGGACUAGGCCACUAGUAUUUUUCCAAAAUCCAUUUUAUAUCAUUUCAUCUGCCUUUCAACCAAAGUCUUCUUCCCAUGGUUCUGUGUUUGUGCCUUUCCUUGAGUUGGAAGCCUCUGUCAUCACAGCUUUGUCUCUUGGUAGAUGGGCUUCCACUCCUCAGUCAGAAAGUCUGUAUCAUUAUAGCUUUAACCCAGGUGAAUGGGGAACAUCUCUAAGAAAAGUGUAUUUUAUUAAUACCCAACAGCAAAUUAAAUUAAUGACUUUUUUGGGUCAGUUCAUUUUAUUACUCAGUUUGGAUCAAAGGAGCCAGAAAAUAAUUCAUAAUUUAAUAAUUAUGCUGCCCCCAAAGAUGGUUCUGUUGGUGAAAUAUAUAGAUAAUACCAAAGCAACAUGGAAUAAUCAGUGAAUUCAGUUGUUUUAUCAGUACAACCCUAAACCACUGAAUUGCUUGCUUUGUCCAGUUUGACUCAAGCAAGAUAUAAUGCCCAUGGAUAAUGGAGAUGUUGAACCAUAACAUUAACCAAAAAUGUAAAACAAAACUUUGUAUAUAAGAGUAAACAUAUGAGAAAGGACAGAAGGAAUUAAAAAUGGUGAUAACCCAACUGUAAGGACACAAAAGAAAUGAAGUGCUAAAAUUUUUUCUAGUCUUUCUACCAGAAAAGAUUGUUAAACCAGAGUCUCUCUCUCCCCUGUCUCUGUCUGUCUCUGUCUCCCUGUCUCCCCCUCUCUCAUGCACACAUACACCACAAAGGUCAGAAGGUUACAGUGACUCACCAAGCUGACCCUAGCCCAUAACAGAAGAAUAACUGGAUAGAUGACAAGAAACAGAGUAAUUAACUUGUCAUGAGCAUUGAAGAACAUUUAAAUAAUUACAAAAGGAAGUGAGGAACAGCUAAUGAAACAGAUGAACUUGAACAGGUAACUACGAUUAUUUGUCAAUAUAAACACACACACACACACACACACAACAUAGCUCCAUCUGUCUCAGUCUGUUGCUUUCUCUCUUCUGCACACCAAGUGGGAAGAUGCCUUUAUUUUCCCAACUUCCUAACCUCUUAAAACAACAAAUUCCUCUUAUUAGUGAACAAAUUUUAAGGCCUAGAAUGUCAGUCAUGCUUUAUUUAGGGAAAAUAUUUUUUCUUAAAGAUAAAGAAGAACAUGUUCCCUAACCCAGCAAUUAUCACAUGGUUUGCUCUGGAGGAGAGUAGGGGCAAUUUUCCCAUUAAUCAGCCUUGUAGAAGCAUUUAGAGGCCAACUAGGGAUUUAGUGAGUCUGCACUUCUGUGAUCUGCUCUGCCUUGUUUAGGUUAUUCUUAGAAUGAACCCCUAGCUGUUACCUGGAUUUGCACAAUUAAAAAACAACAAAACUUUAGGUUAUCGCUCUAUUUUUUUUUAUAUUGGUUUUAUCCAUCACUAAUAGAAGCAGAACCAGAAAACUCAUGUAUUACAAAGUAACAAAGAGAUAUUGUGACAAUUGCAUUUGUGUGUAUAUGGUGUGGGUGUGCACACAUAUGACUUGCUUUUACAUUCAUGUUAGGGCAAUGGUUAUUGAUCAUUUGAGUACAUAGAAAAAGUCUUUGGUUAAGAAAUUUAAGUUAUAUUUAAAAUUCUGAACAAUAGAUUACCACUUAGAAUAUUGACUAAUUGAUAUUGGUCCCCUGAUAUUAUGUUUUAUUGUUGUUGUUUUUUGUUCUGUUGAGACAAGGUUUCUCUGUAGCUUUAAUGCCUGUCCUGGAACUAGCUCUUGUAGACCAGGCUGGCCUCAAACUCACAGAAAUCUGCCUGCCUCUGCCUCCCAAGUGCUGGAAUUAAAGGCAUGUACCACCAUCACCCAGAUAGUUCCCUGAUAUUAUUAAAACAUUACACAUGUCUGGUGUCGGGGGAUGUCAAACUCCCUGUCACCAUGUGUAAAGUCAAUGCAAUCUUACAUAAAAAUAAACAAACAAAUAGGAAAGGAACAGAAUGUAGUGUCAGGAAUUGAACCCAGGAACUAGGGUGGUGAAGCAAGGGCUCCAACACUUAGCUACAACUGAAGCGUAGAAGAAUGCAUUUGGCAGAAGCUAAAUUAGAAUUCAUGUUGGUCAUUAACAGUUUUUCUCCAUUGUGAUCAGGGGUCAGUAGUUUAUCUUUUUCUGUGUAAACAAACAUUUUUAGGAAUUCUUUUGGUUUUCACAGACUGUGUGCAUUUAAGGCAAUUCCUGUCAACUAGGGAUGAUUUUGUGGUCCAACAGUCUUUGCCAACACCUGCAGAUGUUUUUGGCUAUCGUGAUGGAGGGGUGCUGCUGAUAUCCAGUGAGUAGAAAUGAGGGUCAUCACCAAAACUCUUCCAGUGCCCAAGAAAGACCCCCACAGCAAAGAAUGUUCAUUCAAAAAUCUAAAUCCUGCCUAAAAGAAGAAACUUAACUAAGGAGUGCUUUGCAUUUAUUUUUCUUUCCUUUUUGUUUUUUCUCCAAUAUAAUAUCUCUGUUGAUUCUUUGGUAUUUCUAUACAGUGCACUCCGAUCACAUUCACUUCCCAUUCCUCCCCCAAUCCACCCUCCCAUCCUUGCACCCCACUCCCCCCGAAAAGAAAAAAAAUAAAUAAAGAACUACACUAAGUCCUAUUUAUGCUAUCCACUCAUUGGAGCAUAGUCAAGCUCCCAAUGGCCAGUACCUUAAAGACAGCUGAGUCCUUUCCCUGCUAGAAGCCAUGGCUUCCUUUCUGCACCAUGUCUAGAAAAAAACAAAUAAACAAACAAACAAAAAAACAAAAAACUUUCUCGUCAAGGCACAAGCUAAGAAAGCACAACAAUCACCAACUUAAAUGUAUACGAAUUUUAUAUGAUGCCUGAUGUAGCCAUCCCUUUCUGUAGAUGUGAGGGCAGAGGUUUGGAAGAAGGAAUAUGCCAUCUUUUGGGAGGGCAUGGGAAGGAAUCAGGAGUCUGGGUCUUAGACAGUCGGGUGAUUUCUAAAUGAAUCUUUUUGUCUUCCUCACCCAGUUACACAUCAUCAAUGUUACCAAUCAUGUCAGCAGCUAAGUGUAUUAGUUCUGAAGCACGUUGGAGCCUUUUGGGUUUUGCAUGAUCCUGUUGGAAUGCUUUCUAAGUGAUCAACAGUAGACUACAAGAUCUCAGACACGAAAUCAGGAAGGGGGAGAUAGUUCUCACAGUGGACCAAAGAUUCCAUCAUUUUAACUGUUCAUUGUACACUUUAUUUUCUUGGGUUGAAUGUCCACUCAUUGAAGAGGGCACUUAGAUCUUGCAAAAUAUGUUUCAUUGUUUCAUAGAUUUGUACAGGGCUGGCUCUCACUCCCUGUCUUCAUAGACAUGACAAGUUUCAGAAUCCCUGGGUGCUGAGCCUUAUGGAACAGGUUCACGACAACUCUCUGAGGAAACUUUUGUGGCCUUAAAUAAUUUGAUAUCUAUUUUAAAUUUAUCAGACCAGCAUUAAAGUGAUAGAGUGAAGAUCUGAUCACUAUAACCCCAUCUUACAAAAGGGAAACUAAAGACUGGAGAGUUUAAAUCAAUCAACCAAUCAAAUACUUGUUUGUGUGUGCACUCAUCAAAUAUUGGUGGGGUGCAUGCCAUGUAAACAUCACUGCAACAAACAACAUAAGCUACUAGGAAAUCCAAUUUUGAAUGAAGAACUUGAAUUGAAUCCAUUUCACACAAACAUUAUUUCUGUAUGUUUUUUGUAUUUAUCCUAUAUGUAUAUAUUAGAUCAUCAUACUAGAAUUAUAAGUUCAAAAACAAGUUUUCAAAUAAUGUAUAUUAAGGACUUGACAUUUCACAUCAGAAACUCUACUUGAUAUUGAAUAUACCUUAUUUCACUAAAUUCUUUAAUAAUAUAACAAUGCAUCCCAUCUCACUGCCGCUUGCCUUACAGAUAAGCUCAAUAAAGCUCAGAAAGAAAAAAUAGCCCAGAGUCCCAUACAACAGUGGUAGAGACAAAUUUUCUCUUGGGCUUAUUGUAUUCCAAAGGCUGUGGACUUAACUCCUUUUUAUUCUGAGCUUUUAUCUGUUUCUCCUUUUCUUUUACUGUUAGUAUUGAGUAGUCAGUAUGAUCUCUGCCCAGCACCCAUUCUAAAAGAAAUGAGAUAUUUUAAACCACAACCGCUAUUGGACUUGAAUUUCCAGAGGAGACAAGGAAAAAGGUAAAUUUGGAAGGUAGUUCUCUGUUCUCUCUGCCACAGAUUCUACCUUACACUGAGAACUCUACGAGGGGCAGUCAUAGGCACUCUGUCUGGUCCUAAGAGAUGCUCGCCCUAGGCUGGGUUCUGUACAAGGAAUACCUGAGACUGCUUGGCUGUGUACAGGGCACCAGGGAAAAUUUCAAAAGACAAACAACAGGUGGGUGAUUGAGCCACAUGUGUUACACAGACGUGUGUCCGUGUACCCUUCUGCUUUCUCAUUCUGACUUUUAAGCAAAUAUUAGGUUCUUUUUCAUUCAAAUCAGAUCAAAAUACAAAUACAUUGGUUCCCCGCAUCCCACAAUGUCUCGUGAUUGCUCUUCUAAGCUGGGGUAGGGGAUAAGGCAAACAAACAAACAAACAAAAAAAAGGCAACGAAAUACAAGACUGUGUGUAAAGAGCAUGGGUAUCUGGGUGUUUUGUGUGUUGGUGUAUAAAUUGCAUGUAUAUAUGUAUAUAUGUGUGUACAUCUAUCUAGAUGUAUAUAUAUAUAAAUAGCUAUAUAUCUAUACAUAUGUAUACACAUAAACAUGUAGCUUGAAACUUUGAAAUUUUGAGUUUAGGAAACUAAUUAUUACAGUUUAUAUUGGUUUCCUAGAUAGUCUAUUGUAGUUCUGGUUUCCAGAAUUCUCUUCUACUAUGAAUGUAUAUAUUUAUUAAUGAUGCAGAGAAUAUGAUUUAUCUAGAUACAUACAAAUACCUAGAUUUAUCUUCUAUAGAUAAAACAAACAAAAAAUGUAUUUAAAGAAAUGCCAAACCAUUGGUUUGAAUUUCAAACUAUGUGUUUCAAAUUUGCUCAUGACAAGAACAAAACAAAAGGAGAGAAACAAAAUGCCCACCAAAUGUAAGCGGUGAUUUCUAAGAAGAAAAGAAAGAAAUGAUAGCACAAACCCACUGGCUAUUCCCAGUGUGAUUUCACUGGCCUUUCAAUUAAAUUCCUCUCUCAUAGUCCAUGGGCUCAAUGCGGCCUGCACGAUUAUGAGUUAAACUGCUUAUUAGCCUAAUUAUUUUGAAGUUACAGCAAUCAGUUCGAAAUAUGCAUAUGGUAAAUAGGUGCCAAGUCUCCAGGGCACAUUGAUCACACCAAACACUCUCCAGUCUCCUGCCAAUCACUCUUUCAGACUGUUUACACAAGGACCAAAAAGUUGCUCAGAAAAGGAGGAUCAGAGUCAAAUGAAAGGAAGCAUGUCUUACUUGUUUGGAUAUUUGCUAGACAGAAGAGAUAAAUGUCUAAAUUUAUGACAGAAAGAUAGACUACAUGCUCAGUCAGAACCAAGCACCUUGGAGAUUGUGGGAAAAUGUGAGAGGUGUUUGAAGUUAACCUAUGCAAGCUUCCAGGGUGCUUCAUGGGAUCAGGUUGUAAGCACAUAAGCCUGACCCUUCAAAGAGUCUGUCUCUCAAGCCAGGGCUCAGUUGAUAGAGCAAGAUCCCUCCUCCCGGGGACCUGUGCAGAGUGUCCACAGAACCAAACACCCAGGUGCACCAGUGGGCGAAUUUUCUCCAUGAGCCCUCUACAGGUGUGGUCUUGAAGGCUUGAGGAAGAAAUGUUUUCCUUUUUGCUUUUUAAUUAGUUGUUCUAAUGAAGUUUGUAGUAAUUUUUUGUUCCUAGCAAUUUGGAUCAGAUGGGAAGUUUUAUACCAUCCUAUCUUUGAGUUUCCUUUGAAUUUUCUUCUGCUUGUUCAUUUUUAUUUUUUAAAGGAAACUGAAUCAGGAGAACUUUUUUAAAAAACCAUGUUCUGGCUAUUUUAGAGAAUGGUAUGGCAAUUGGUUUUGAAAGCAUGCAGGGUGGGGAAAUAGAAGGUAUCAACAUUGCUCAUUACUGUCCCUCGUUAUAAAAAACUGGAUUAAGGAUUUAUUGAAAUGAUAUCCUAUCCAAAAUGUUCAGAGACACUAACUUAGGAGAGCUUUGCUCAAGCUUCCCUGAAACUGGUUAAUGGGAUCAUCUUCUAGUGACACUCUUCAGGCUGGCUAUAGUGUUCUGCUAAGUCCAUAAAGAACGACUCUUUGUGAUACUGGGAGGAAGUUAAAAAAAAUUAAGUUCUCAUUCCCCACACCUUUCAUAACAAGCAGAACACUACAUGGAACCCAAUUAACAGAACAAUUUCUUUAAGUUAAAUGUAAUUGCUUAAAUAAUAUCCACAUCACCCCUGACCGUUCUUGGGGCUGUACUGAAUAAGCUGCCAGGACAUCUCCAGACCCAUUCAGCAGGGAUUCUCACAUUUCUUUCCUUUUGUCUCGGACGCUUUGAAUCUGAAGUCACCCCACACAUGGAAGCAUCUGGAUUUUGCUGGAAGUAACACUGAGUGGUGAUUGACAGGGGCCUUGCUCAUUUUCCUUUUUUGCUGACCACAUUCUGAAACUUGAUGAUGAAUCAGUUUGUUGCACAAUGAUAUAUACCAAGUGACACCUAUUGAAAUUACCUCUUCGCUUUUCCAGCGCAGUUUGCUUGUACAUACGUGUACCGUCAACUUGUUUACAGGUUCUUUUGUGUGUAAUUGUGAUAGCGGAUUUAGCUCAAGCCCUAAAGGAAUCUGUUUACUGAAUGAUGUUAAAAAUGAAUGUGCUUAUUACAGUAUAAACAUCAUUAAUUAUGGACUCACAUGAAUGCAUGUCUAUAUGUCAUCAAUUUCCAUCAGCUCAGAGAUUCAAGAGUCUGCAGUCUGUGAAUAGCAAAAAUACAUAAACUGCUGUGACUGGUAACUUAGUAACUGUUUUAACUUGCUUUGUAGCACUGUAGAUCUUAGCCUGCUGUAUUUCUUUCUUAUAUAUUUGAUUUUUGAGAGAAACAUGGUUUAAAAAAAAAAGAAAAAAUAUCAAUGUCCCAGUAGAAUUGCGUAGCAUUUUGGCAAUCACUGGUCAACUCAGAAGGCAAACACAGAUGGAACAAUAACCCGAGCAGCACAUGGGUGUAUUCAUACAUAUGUCUAUGUAUGUAAGAGCUGAAAUGCUAAUGGCUACCAUCCAUCCUCACUGCCAAUGGAAACAAACUUUCUUCUUUGGAAUCACUCAUGGAUAUGGAAAGGAAUAAUUUUCUAUUAACUGCUUUCAUAUUUUGUUUCAUUCAUAUAGUAGGGUAGAUGAUACAGGUGCAGUAUCAGUAUUGUAAAAUUGUGUAGCAAAAAGUACAAAAGUAAUUCUGUGGAUAUAUUUUAAAAGGCAGAACAGAAACUAUAUUUCAGAUUCUUGUGUGAAUAUAAUUACAAAACUAGUUAACUAUUUUUAUGUGGUUCCAUAAUGAGUCCAUUUCAUAUACAUUGUAAUUUAGCACCAAUCAUAAUAAAUCGUUUGGUAACAUUUAGUUGUUAUAUAUAUAUAUUUUAAGUGCAUAUAAGAGAUCAAUGAUUCAACAUUAUUUCAUGCUAACUCAGCAUUUUACAUAAAAGAAAAUUAAUGUUAGAAUUGGUUUAUUUCUAGUUUGAUAUGGCAGGUUGCCAAAUGGGGUACAAGAAGAAGGAGAGUGAUAAAUUAUUUAUUUAACAUAGAGAUUUAAUAUAUUUAAUAUUAAAUUGUUAUCAGGACAGUGAAUGGAAGCCCUGCCUCUGUCUCUUGUUGAUUGGAUGGUUUUGCAAUAAUUAUUUAUGAAAUAUCA